UCCCGCCCCACGUGGGCCCCGCGAGUCUAAAAAGCGAGCUACGGCGGUGGCUGGAGCAGCAGCUCGGAGCCCUUGGGGAACCAGAACCGAGUACACGGCAGACCCCUCAGGAACCCUCUGUCACAACCAGCUGGCUGCCUGCUGCUGCGCCCGCCAUGCAGCCCCAGUCGGCUCUGCACAGCGGCUACUUCCACCCGCUGCUCCGCACCUGGCAGACGGCCGCCACCACGCUCAGCGCCUCCAACCUCAUCUACCCCAUCUUUGUCACGGACGUUCCUGAUGACGUACAGCCCAUCGCCAGCCUCCCAGGAGUGGCCAGAUAUGGUGUGAACCGGCUGGAAGAGAUGCUGAAGCCACUGGUGGAAGAGGGCCUGCGCUGCGUCCUGAUCUUUGGAGUCCCCAGCAGAGUCCCCAAGGACGAGCGUGGCUCUGCAGCCGACUCUGAGGACUCCCCGGCCAUCGAGGCGAUCCGCUUGUUGCGCAAGACGUUCCCCAGCCUCCUGGUGGCCUGUGAUGUCUGCCUGUGUCCCUACACCUCUCACGGCCACUGUGGGCUCCUGGGCAAGAACGGUGCAUUCCAGGCUGAGGAGAGCCGCCAGCGGCUGGCAGAAGUAGCGCUGGCCUAUGCCAAGGCAGGAUGUCAUGUGGUAGCCCCAUCGGACAUGAUGGACGGACGUGUGGAAGCCAUCAAGGAGGCCCUGAUGGCACAUGGACUUGGCAACAGGGUGUCAGUGAUGAGCUAUAGCGCCAAAUUUGCCUCCUGUUUCUAUGGACCUUUCCGGGACGCGGCCCAGUCAAGCCCGGCUUUCGGAGAUCGCCGCUGCUACCAGCUGCCGCCGGGGGCACGGGGCCUGGCACUCCGAGCAGUGGCUCGGGAUGUGCGGGAAGGAGCCGACAUGCUCAUGGUAAAGCCAGGAAUGCCCUACCUGGACAUCGUGCGGGAGGUGAAGGACAAGCACCCUGAGCUCCCUCUUGCUGUGUACCACGUUUCUGGAGAGUUCGCCAUGCUGUGGCACGGAGCCCGGGCCGGGGCGUUUGAUCUCAAGGCUGCUGUCCUGGAGGCCAUGACCGCCUUCCGCCGCGCAGGUGCCGACAUCAUCAUCACCUACUACACGCCUCAGCUGCUGCAGUGGCUGAAGGAGGAGUGAUGGAGACGGUGCACAGGACCCCAGACCUAGAACUUUUAGAAGGUCCCGGGGCCUGGGAGAAGUGAAAACCAAAGUAAAUGCUGCUUUAGAACUGUG